AUGCAGAUAUUUGUAAAAACAUUAACAGGUAAAAAUAUUUCGCUUGAGGUAGAACCCACUGACACAAUUGAAAAUGUGAAAACGAAAAUUCAGGAUAAGGAAGGAAUUCCGCCUGAUCAACAACGAUUAAUUUUUGCAGGUAUACAAAUUUUUGUAAAGACCUUAACAGGAAAAAAUAUAUCUUUGGAAGUCGAACCCAACGACACUAUUGAGAGUGUAAAGAUGAAAAUUCAGGACAAAGAAGGGAUUCCGCCAGACCAACAGCGAUUAAUUUUUGCUGGAAAACAGUUAGAAGAUUCUAGAACUUUGUCAGACUACAAUAUCCAGAAAGAAUCCACAUUACACUUAGUGCUUCGACUUAGAGGUGGUAUGCAAAUUUUUGUAAAAACUUUGACAGGAAAAAAUAUUUCUCUCGAAGUAGAGCCAAACGAUACCAUUGAAAGCGUGAAAACGAAAAUUCAGGAUAAAGAAGGGAUUCCGCCUGAUCAACAGCGGUUAAUUUUUGCUGGAAAGCAACUUGACGAUUCGCGGACAUUGUCAGAUUACAACAUUCAAAAGGAAUCAACUUUGCAUCUGGUGUUGCGGUUGAGAGGAGGAUUUUAA